UUUAUUCUUCUUUCAGUUUUUGUCCACGCACAUGCCCAUAUGGACGCACACUACAACCGUUGGUAGCCACCGCAUUUGUGAAGUCGACGUAAUACGCCAUAUCAGCAAAGACAAAAUAAGCUACAUGCAUUAUUUCUACCAAAUGGUCAACGGAACACAAAAGAAGUUUCGCGACGAAAUGGAGGGAAGCUUUGAAAAACCAGAUAUGUAUGCCUAUGAAAAAGAUCGAAUAAGUACUAAACAUAAGCACGAACUUCUCUUUUUGGAUGAAGCCAACAAUUGUGCCGUGAUUCAAGUCCUUCCAAUGUCUAACUUUGUGGGCCGCAGUAGUAUUGACCUGCGAAUCUGGAACUCGUCCAUUCGUACUGGCCCAUCCGCAAAAUGUUUAAAGCACUACUACACAUACGAAGGCCAUGGACAUCCCAUUUACACAUGCAUCUGCCAGAAUUUACUUUCGAACGAGCAUCUAUCCCCGCAGUCACACCAGCAGCUGCACCGAAAAACGCACCGCCUUCCUAAAGGUGCAAGAACCUCGGGAAAGCUCUAGAGCACACAAAAAGUUAUCGUUGAAAUAA